GCGGCGGCGGCGGCGGAGCCCCGAGAGCAGCGGAGUGCGAGGAGUAGCGAGACGGGCACCCGCAGGGGUAACAAUAUUUCCAUCAUGGCUCAUUCAAAGACAAGGACCAAUGAUGGGAAGAUUACUUACCCUCCUGGUGUCAAGGAAAUCUCAGAUAAAAUAUCUAAAGAGGAGAUGGUGAGACGAUUAAAGAUGGUUGUAAAAACGUUCAUGGACAUGGACCAGGAUUCUGAAGAAGAAAAGGAGCUUUACCUAAACCUAGCUUUACACCUUGCUUCAGAUUUUUUCCUCAAGCAUCCUGAUAAAGAUGUUCGUUUACUUGUGGCUUGCUGCCUUGCUGACAUUUUCAGGAUUUAUGCUCCCGAGGCGCCAUACACAUCUCCUGAUAAACUGAAGGAUAUAUUUAUGUUUAUUACAAGGCAAUUGAAGGGACUAGAAGACACAAAGAGCCCACAAUUCAAUAGGUAUUUUUAUUUACUUGAGAACAUUGCGUGGGUCAAGUCAUAUAACAUAUGCUUUGAGUUAGAAGAUAGCAAUGAAAUCUUUACCCAACUAUACAGAACAUUAUUUUCAGUUAUAAACAACGGCCACAAUCAGAAAGUUCAUAUGCAUAUGGUAGACCUCAUGAGCUCUAUUAUUUGCGAAGGGGAUACAGUGUCUCAGGAGCUUUUGGAUACAGUUUUAGUAAAUCUGGUUCCUGCACAUAAGAAUUUAAAUAAGCAAGCAUAUGAUUUGGCCAAGGCUUUACUGAAGAGGACAGCACAAGCUAUUGAACCAUAUAUUACUAAUUUUUUUAAUCAGGUCCUGAUGCUUGGGAAAACAUCAAUCAGUGACUUGUCAGAACAUGUCUUUGACUUAAUUUUGGAACUCUACAAUAUUGAUAGUCAUUUGCUGCUCUCUGUUUUACCCCAGCUUGAGUUUAAAUUAAAGAGCAAUGAUAAUGAGGAACGCCUCCAAGUUGUUAAACUAUUGGCAAAAAUGUUUGGGGCAAAGGAUUCAGAGUUGGCUUCUCAGAACAAACCACUCUGGCAGUGCUACUUGGGCAGGUUUAAUGACAUUCAUGUACCAAUCCGCCUGGAAUGUGUGAAAUUUGCUAGCCAUUGUCUCAUGAACCAUCCUGAUUUAGCAAAGGAUUUAACAGAGUAUCUUAAAGUGAGGUCACAUGACCCGGAGGAAGCCAUUAGACAUGAUGUGAUUGUGUCUAUAGUUACAGCUGCCAGAAAGGACAUUCUUCUAGUCAAUGACCACUUACUUAAUUUUGUGAGAGAGCGCACACUGGAUAAAAGGUGGCGAGUGCGUAAGGAAGCCAUGAUGGGACUUGCUCAGAUUUAUAAGAAAUACUCUUUACAGUCAGCAGCUGGAAAAGAUGCUGCCAAACAGAUAUCGUGGAUCAAGGACAAAUUACUACACAUAUAUUAUCAGAAUAGCAUUGAUGAUCGGUUACUUGUUGAGCGGAUUUUUGCUCAGUACAUGGUUCCCCACAAUUUGGAAACUACAGAACGGAUGAAGUGCUUAUAUUACUUGUAUGCCACACUGGAUUUAAAUGCUGUAAAAGCACUGAAUGAAAUGUGGAAAUGCCAAAAUCUCCUCCGACAUCAAGUAAAGGAUUUGCUUGACUUAAUUAAGCAACCAAAAACUGAUGCCAGUGUGAAGGCCAUAUUUUCGAAAGUGAUGGUUAUUACAAGAAACUUGCCAGAUCCUGGUAAGGCUCAGGAUUUCAUGAAGAAAUUCACACAAGUCUUAGAAGAUGAUGAGAAAAUAAGGAAACAGCUAGAAGUACUUGUUAGUCCAACGUGUUCCUGUAAACAGGCUGAAGGUUGUGUGCGUGAAAUAACCAAGAAGUUGGGAAACCCUAAGCAGCCUACCAACCCCUUCCUGGAAAUGAUCAAGUUUCUCUUGGAGAGGAUAGCACCUGUGCACAUAGAUACGGAGUCUAUCAGUGCUCUUAUUAAGCAAGUGAACAAAUCAAUAGAUGGAACAGCAGAUGAUGAAGAUGAGGGUGUUCCAACUGACCAAGCUAUAAGGGCAGGCCUUGAACUGCUUAAGGUCCUCUCAUUUACACACCCCAUCUCAUUUCAUUCUGCUGAAACGUUUGAGUCACUGCUGGCUUGUCUGAAAAUGGAUGAUGAAAAAGUAGCAGAAGCUGCACUACAAAUUUUCAAAAACACAGGAGGCAAAAUUGAAGAGGAUUUCCCACAUAUCAGAUCAGCCUUACUUCCUGUUUUACAUCACAAAUCCAAAAAAGGACCACCUCGUCAAGCCAAAUACGCCAUUCAUUGUAUCCAUGCAAUAUUUUCUAGUAAAGAAACCCAGUUUGCCCAGAUAUUUGAGCCUUUGCAUAAAAGCCUAGAUCCAAGCAACCUGGAACAUCUCAUCACACCACUGGUGACUAUUGGCCAUAUUGCUCUCCUUGCCCCCGACCAGUUUGCUGCUCCUUUGAAGUCACUAGUGGCCACGUUUAUUGUGAAGGACCUUCUCAUGAAUGACCGGCUUCCAGGAAAAAAGACAACUAAACUUUGGGUUCCAGAUGAAGAAGUUUCUCCUGAGACUAUGGUCAAAAUACAGGCUAUUAAAAUGAUGGUUCGCUGGCUACUUGGAAUGAAAAAUAACCACAGUAAAUCGGGGACUUCUACCCUGAGAUUACUCACAACAAUACUGCAUAGUGAUGGGGACUUGACCGAGCAGGGGAGAGUUAGUAAACCAGACAUGUCACGCCUGAGGCUUGCUGCUGGGAGUGCUAUUGUGAAGCUGGCACAAGAACCCUGUUACCAUGAAAUUAUCACGUUAGAACAGUAUCAGCUGUGUGCACUAGCUAUCAACGACGAGUGCUACCAAGUAAGACAAGUGUUCGCGCAGAAGCUUCACAAAGGCCUUUCCCGAUUGCGCCUUCCGCUGGAGUAUAUGGCCAUCUGUGCCCUGUGCGCAAAGGACCCCGUGAAGGAGAGGAGAGCCCACGCGAGACAGUGCCUGGUCAAGAACAUCAACGUGAGGCGCGAGUAUCUGAAGCAGCACGCGGCUGUCAGUGAAAAAUUAUUGUCUCUUCUGCCCGAGUAUGUUGUUCCAUAUACAAUUCACCUUUUGGCACAUGACCCAGAUUAUGUCAAAGUACAAGAUAUUGAGCAACUUAAAGAUGUGAAAGAAUGUCUUUGGUUUGUUUUGGAGAUAUUAAUGGCUAAAAAUGAAAAUAACAGUCAUGCAUUUAUCAGAAAAAUGGUAGAAAACAUUAAACAAACAAAAGAUGCUCAAGGACCGGAUGAUGCAAAGAUGAAUGAAAAACUGUACACCGUGUGCGAUGUUGCUAUGAAUAUCAUCAUGUCAAAGAGCACCACCUACAGUUUGGAAUCUCCUAAAGACCCUGUACUGCCAGCUCGUUUUUUCACUCAACCUGACAAGAAUUUCAGUAACACCAAAAAUUACUUGCCUCCAGAAAUGAAAUCAUUUUUCACUCCUGGAAAACCUAAAACCACCAACGUCCUGGGGGCAGUUAAUAAGCCCCUGUCGUCGGCAGGCAAGCAGUCUCAGACCAAGUCCUCGCGCAUGGAGACCGUAAGCAAUGCAAGCAGCAGCUCAAAUCCAAGCUCUCCUGGAAGAGUGAAAGGGAGGCUUGAUAGUUCUGAGAUGGAUCACAGUGAAAAUGAGGAUUACACAAUGUCUUCACCUUUGCCGGGGAAGAAAAGUGACAAGAGAGACGACUCUGAUCUUGUAAGGUCUGAGCUGGAGAAGCCUAGAAGUCGGAAAAAAACUCCCGUCACAGACCCAGAGGAGAAGCUGGGGAUGGAUGACCUGAGCAAGCUGGUGCAGGAGCAGAAGCCCAAGGGCGGCCAGCGCGGCCGGAAGAGAGGCCACACGGCGUCCGAAUCGGACGAGCAGCCCUGGCCCGAGGAGAAGAGGCUGAAGGAAGACCUGCUAGAGAACGAAGAUGAGCAGAACAGUCCCCCCAAAAAGGGCAAAAGAGGCCGGCCGCCGAAGCCUCUUGGUGGAGGGACAGCGAAAGAAGAGCCAACAAUGAAAACAUCUAAAAAAGGAAACAAAAAAAAAUCUGGACCCUCUGUAGUGGAGGAGGAGGAGGAGGAAGAGCGACAAAGCGGGAGUCCUGAGCAGAAGGCCAAGCACAGGCAGCACCGGCCGCCGAGGAGAGCGCAGCCGAGCAGAGCAGAAUCUCCUGAAACUAGUGCAGUUGAAUCCACACCACAGAAAGGACGAGGAAGACCAUCAAAAACGCCAUCACCAUCACAACCCCCCAAAAAUGUCCGUGUGGGACGCUCCAAACAAGCAGCUAGUAAAGAAAAUGACUCAAGUGAAGAGCUAGAUGUGUUCCAGGGUAGCUCUCCUGUGACCGUCAAUGAUGAUCUUCCCCAGGAAGAAACGGAGGAAGAGGAGGUUUCUGCAGUAAAUGUACGACGGAGAAGUUCUAAAAGAGAAAGGCGAUGAACAGAUGUAAUUUACUUUCUUUGUGAACGCUUUGAAAAAAACUUUUUGUCAAGUGUGAGGCUAAAGAAAGCCUUUGAUGCACAAAAUGGGACUGCCAAAGUAUGAACAGUUGAGUCCUUGAAUGACCACAUGUAUUUGUGGUCACACACUUUAGCCAUGCACAUGGUGAUAACAUUGGCUAUAAAGUCCUGUCAAAGUGUAAUGUGUGAUGGCUAUGUAGACAUAAACUAAAGAAGAAACUUGUAAAUAUCUUUUUUCUUUUCAUUUCUUUCUUUUUCUUAAUGUUUCUGAUUUCUAAAGUGCUUGUAUAGCUUUUAUGUGCGGCUUUAAACUGACAGUGCCCAGCUGUUUAUUGGGUCUAUUGAUCUGAAGAGGUUGCUAGGGUAGAUCUUAAACAGUAACUGUCAGUGUUUGUAUUUGUAUUCUCCACAAUUUUACUGUGAAAAAUGGUUUUUCAACAAUUGGUGUCAUUUUCUUGCUGUCACUACUUGUUGGAGAGGUCAGUGUCUCUUCCCCUCAUGAGUCUCAGCCAGUGUUUACCCCAGGGCACCGCCGUCUUCAGAGGCGCUAAGCUGGCUGCUGCCACACAGGGCUGACGCCUCUGCGGGGAGGCCACCGUGCGCGUUGUCAAGUAGUCCUGAAGUCUUUCAUGACUUUACACCUCAGUGUUGUCCCAGAACCUUCUGGCCUUUUCAUGGCAAUGAAAAUUAAAGAAGAGAGAGAUUUAAAAUAUUUUAAUUUUAAAGAGUGUGUUAUAAAAUAACGUACUGAAUUCCUUAUCCCAUUUUAUCAUACCGUUCAGUUUUUAUUAAUCUACUGUGUCAAUAAAAUUCUGUAAUUUGAGUUUUUAAUAGUCUAGAAUGUUAUUGUGUAUAGAUAUUUCCUCUUGAACAUUAUGUCCAAAAUGCAAAUUAUUACACUAUAAUAUAAAAUCUGAUAUAUACACAUUAGAGAAGUUCCAGUUUUCCAUAACCGUGUAAAGUUAAUCAGAAAGAAAAAAUUUUAUUGAUGCAGUGUGUCUUUAUAAAUCUGUUCUUGAAAGCCGUUUUGUAUUUUAUAGUGAGUUGCAUGUUUAUGAAAAAAAGUGCUGAUAAUGGGAUGUGCUUUUUCCUGUAAAUUCAUAUUUAGCCAUAGUAUAUGAUAGAUUAUCCCAUAACAUAGUUUUUCAUCAAGAGUUUUAUUACUGUACUUUAUUUUGGAGCCAAAAAUUGUUUGGGGGGAGGGGCAGAGUAGAAGUGGUUCAUCUAAUUAUGCCAGCCACUUGUAGGUGACCAGGCUCGGACACCGAGAACUCCCACUUCAUCUACACAGGAGAUCUUUGGACUUAGAGAUCUUUUUUGCUGUUGUCGUCAUUAUAUAUGCAAAAUAGAGAAACAAAUUACUUAAGACAGUAUCCUUUAUAGUUUAUCUAGUUGUAUGAACUGUAUUUUGAACCAAAAUGUAUUGGUUACCAUUUCACGCUGACCUGAAUUCAUUUUCGUAUUCUGGGUGCUGUUCUUUUGUUUUGUUUCAUGGUUGUUAACACCAGAAAAUUGUAUUGUAAAUUAUUAAAUUUAUCACGUUGAAUAAUGGAGCAUUUUCAUAUAAUACACCAUUAUGUGUAAGGUAUGUUUCCAAAAUUGGCUAUAAUAGAUUGGGGAUAUAAUAAAGAAGCUAUUUUAGAAAAUGACA